GCGACAGGCCGCUGCUGCCGGGGUGGUCGGCGGACCACAGCGAGCUGGGACCAGGGCGGCGGCGGCUGGGGACGCAGGCGGAGCCCCGCGGCGGCCCGAGGUCCCGGCUAUGGCAUCGGCGACCAUCGUGCACGACACGUCGGAGGCAGUGGACCUGUGCCCCCUGUACGGGCUCUACCUGAAGCCCAUCACCAAGAUGACCAUCAGCGUGGCCCUGCCGCAGCUGAAGCAGCCGGGGAAGUCCAUCUCCAACUGGGAGGUGAUGGAGCGGCUGAAGGGCAUGGUGCACAACCACCAGUUCUCCACGCUGCGCAUCUCCAAGAGCACCAUGGACUUCAUCCGCUUCGAGGGCGAGGUGGAGAACAAGAGCCUGGUCAAGGCCUUCCUGGCCUGCCUGGACGGCAAGACCAUCAAGCUCAGCGGCUUCUCCGACAUCCUCAAGGUGCGCGCCGCCGAGUUCAAGAUCGACUUCCCCACCCGCCACGACUGGGACUCCUUCUUCCGCGACGCCAAAGACAUGAACGAGACGCUGCCCGGGGAGCGCCCCGACACGAUCCACCUGGAGGGGCUGCCCUGCAAGUGGUUCGCGCUGAAGGAGUCGGGCUCCGAGAAGCCCAGCGAGGAGGUCCUGGUGAAGGUGUUCGAGAAGUUUGGGGAGAUCCGGAACGUGGACAUCCCCAUGCUGGACCCCUACCGCGAGGAGAUGACCGGGCGCAACUUCCACACGUUCAGUUUCGGGGGCCACCUGAACUUCGAGGCGUACGUGCAGUACUGCGAGUACGCGGGCUUCAUCCAGGCCAUGAGCGCCCUGCGCGGCAUGAAGCUCAUGUACAAGGGCGAGGACGGCAAGGCCGUGGCCUGCAACAUCAAGGUCUCCUUCGACUCCACCAAACACCUGAGCGACGCCUCCAUCAAGAAGCGGCAGCUGGAGAGGCAGAAGCUGCAGGAGCUGGAGCAGCAGCGGGAGGAGCAGAAGCGGCGGGAGAAGGAGGCGGAGGAGCGGCAGCGCGCGGAGGAGAGGAAGCAGAAGGAGCUGGAAGAAAUGGAGCGCGAGCGGAAGCGAGAGGAGAAGCUGCGCAAGCGGGAGCAGAAGCAGCGGGACCGCGAGCUGCGCCGCAGCCAGAAGAAGCUGGAGAAGCUGCAGGCGGAGGAGCAGAAGAAGCUGCAGGAGAAGAUCAGGCUGGAGGAGCGGAAGCUGCUGCUGGCCCAGCGCAACCUGCAGUCCAUCCGGCUGAUCGCGGAGCUGCUGAGCCGCGCCAAGGCCGCGAAGCUGCAGGAGCAGGAGCAGAAGGAGCAGGCGCUGCGGCUGCAGCAGCUGGAGGAGCGGCGGCGGCUGCAGGAGGCGGAACUGCGGCGCGUGGAGGAGGAGAAGGAGCGCGCCCUGGGGCUGCAGCGCAAGGAGCGGCAGCUGCGCCAGCGCCUGCUGAGCAUCCUGCUGAGCAAGAAGGUGGACGACCCCCAGGCGCCCGACGAGCUGGGCGUAGCGCACGCGGACCUGCUGCAGCCCGUGCUGGACAUCUUGCAGACCGUGUCGGCGGGCUGUUUGAGCGCCACCUCCCCGCCCCUCCUCGGGGGCCUGCCGCCCCCCGGCGCCCCGAAGGAGACCCCGCCGCGGCCCGAGACGGAGGGCGCUCCCCGCAACGUGAACGGGAAUGCGGCGGAGGACGGCCCGUGCAGGGACCAGCAGCCGUCUCACCCGGGGGCCCCCGACGACGCCUCCCCGGAGAAGCGGUGCCCGGCGGUUCUCUCCUGCAUCCCGGACAACACCCAGCAACCCAAGGGCGCGCCCCCCGCCUGCGACCAGAGUGCGCCCCGGAAGGACACCCACUCGGAGCAAGACAAGUGCAACCGGGAGCCCAGCCGGAGCAGGGGCCGGGCCGGCGGGGACCAGGGCAGCGAGGACAGACACAAGCGGGAGCGGAGCCGGGGUCGGCGGGCGGGCAGCCGGGAGGACCGGAGGCACCGAAAGGAGCGGCGGUCCCACAAGAAGCACUCGCGCCAGCGCGACACCCCCCGCCGCAGCGCGAGCCCCGCCCACGCGCGGUCACGGAGGUCGCCCAGCAGAGACCGCGCGGGCCACAGGGAGAAGAGCCGAGACCGCGGCGGCAGCUCUGGGAGGAAGCGCAGCCGCCACCGCCACAGCCAGAGGUCCCGCUCCAGGUCCGCCAGCCGGCACCGCAGCAGCUGGGACAGGUAAUGCAGGGCGCGCCCUGCUGCCGUCCCGGAGGCGCGGGCCCGCGGGGCGUCCUGGCUCCUCUUCAGCUGCCUCCGAAGCGCGUG